UAGACCGGACUUUCGAUCCCUUCCGAUCUUCGAUCUUCGGCCCCGAUAUGCCUCCCCGCGAGAGUCUUUUUCGGGCCUUUUUCCCCAUUUCAUCCAAGUCCCGAAUUACGAGUGAAGUUUAGAGCUCCAGCUUCCAGUUUGUAUUUUUGAAACGACACUGGAUCGUUUUCAGCGCUUUCACUUGUCUCCGGGAAUCUCGACGGCUUCUGUUUUCGCCUCGAAUGUUGCAUUGUUGCAAUAGGUAUCGUGAUCGUUCCCUGAAGCUCGAGCCCCGCGUAACGGAACUACGGUGGUGUAAGCGCAGUUCGCCAGCUUCGGAAAUUGUUGCGAGUAUUUCGCGCGAAGCUACGCGUCUGGCCCUCGACGAGAUCGUGCGUGUUCCGAAUUGCCUAAAAUUUGCGCAACAUUCUCGUUGGGAUAAUUUGUUUCCUUUUUUUUUCCAUUGUCGGAAUUACUCUGCAUUUUCGUAUCAUUUUAGGGAGGUAUUUUUAGGAUAACGGUGAAUCGUUUACAAGGCUUUCAUUCGAUUUUGCAAAAGACAAUGGGUUAUUCUGCUUUUAAAAAUUGCUAAGUUAUAAAGGAAUAUAUACGGUUCCUUCAAAGGAUUUGAAUUCAGCGAAAAGCUUAGUGAACAUGAAAUCGUUGACGAGCUAGCACUCCUGAAAUUUAAUGUGCAGCUAGUCGUGCAUAAAAUAUCCCUUUUUUGAUUGUAUAAAAAAAUUGGGAAAACUAUUUACUUAAACAGAAGACAGCCUCUGGGAAGCUAGUUUGAGAAUGUAUCGUUCGAAUGCCUGAAAUUCAUUUUUAACGUUUUCCUUCUCAGCCAGAGGGACAGCAUAGUGGCAUGAGUCGAUUAAUCUAUGGCAGAUCAACAAGAUCAGUCGUCGUCUGGGGGGUCUGUAGAGAAGGCCAGUGCUUCGGCAGACACCUCUAAACAAAGGGGGAAAAGCUCUGGUAGUGCUGGUACUGGAAACAGGAAGAGACAAAAUAGUAGUGCCGUACCAGUAACGUUUGAGGAAAAGCGGCGCAGACAAGCUAUUGGUGAUCUGCACCCUUCUUCUCAGCCUUUACAUAAUACAUCCACGCAUCGACGUCUCUUUGAUUCCUCUAAGGGGGAGGGCUGGACAAGGGGAGAACGCAAAAAUCAUGGCACUGGUCUAGGAUUGUUACUAGCAGACACAGAUCGAAGACAGCAGCAGAAAGCACAGCAACUAAAUUACAACAUUAGUGGUAGCAGUACAAGAGGACGUGGUGCUGCCAGGUCCAGCCAACCGGAUCUAAAUUUACCACCCAUUGAUUGUGUAGCUUCGCGAACUCGCUCCCGUACUCCACAAAACUCACAGGCUUUAUCACAAGGAAAUAGUAACUACGAACUUUCCAUAUCUAGUGGGUUCAACAAUAGAAAGGUUUCAUUGGUUCACGCUAAUUCCGUGUCAUCAAUAAACAAUCCACCGACGCCGCUUACAAAUCAUCCAUCCACUUCGAGGGGUAGAGGCCUGAGGAUGAGCGAAUGUCUGGAAGGAUUUGUGUCCGCUGUCAAAGCACUUUUUCCAAUAUCGGCACAAUCAUAUCACCAAGAAGGAUCGAAGUCCCAAAGCAGCAGUAGCUGUGCAAUCGGAGGUGCGAGUGGUCAAGUUUUGGGUGUGAAGUCCAGCAUCAGAGUGGGUAACGCAGCCAGCAAUUCUGUGGAGAGUGGUGGCGGGGCGUUGGCACAUGACGGGGCGGGCACCAGCGGAACCGCAGCAACUCCGACUGCCACGCCGCUCGUGUCAGCCACCGCUGCUGCUUCACCGCUCGUGUCCGCCACUGCCGCAGCGAAUCCUGCGCACCCUUAUCCUACGCACAAGCACCUUCUGCGCUCUCGAGUAAAGCUCUCCAGCGAGCAGCCGAAGGAACUGCCGAUUGGCAACAAGACCCCAGGGAAGCAUCAUAAGAAAGACUCUACAACGGGCUCCUGCUCCAGUUCCAGACAUCGCUCUUCAUCGCGCGCCAGUAAGGCAGUGGUGGAGGGUGGUUCUGGCGGAGCAGGAGUUGUAAUGUCUGGUAGUGAAUCGGUUACUAAUAGUGCCACGCCAACGUCCGUUACCUCCUCGACCCCUGGUAAUCAGUUAACGUCUACUACAGGUGAGGAGGAGUCAGCCUCUACCGCUACAUCGGCCACGGCCAGUGGAGGACCUUCUGGAAUGUCCGGAACUACGGGGGACAGUGAAAGCGACGAUGGCGAAGUUGGAAGACUUCAGGCACUUCUUGAAGCUCGUGGAUUGCCACCUCAUGUCUUUGGUGCUUUGGGGCCUCGUAUGCAACACAUACUUAAUAGAAGUAUGGGGGCAAGUUCUGCUGCGAAAGCGCAACAGCUUCUAGCGGGUCUGCAAGCUGUCGACGAUGAGGGAGAACAACUUCAAGCAGUCAUCGGCAUGGGAGAAAUAUUGGUCAUGGGGAACGAAGAUACAUUGACUGGUUUCCCCGUUAAACAAGUGGUUGCAGCUUUAAUCAACUUAUUAGGGAUAGAGCACAAUUUUGUAAUAAUGACCCACGCGUGUCGCGCACUAACAUACAUGAUGGAAGCACUACCUCGUUCAUCGACAGUUGUUGUCGACGCGGUACCAGUGUUCUUGCAGAAACUAGAAUCCAUCGAAUGUAUGGAUGUUGCGGAACAGUGCUUAACUGCUUUAGCAAUGUUGUCACGUAGACACAGUAAAACGAUCUUACACGCGGGAGGUGUGUCAGCUUGUUUGAAAUUUGUCGACUUUUUCAACAUCGCUGCUCAACGUGCUGCAUUAACGAUCACUGCGAAUUGUUGUCAGAAUCUACAUCCUGAUGACUUCCAUCUAGUCGCCGACAGUUUACCUCUGCUAACUAGCAGAUUGGCUAACCAAGACAAGAAAAGCGUAGAAUGUGUUUGCCAAGCUUUCAGUCGCCUGGUCGAUAGCUUCCAGCAUGAUCCAGCAAUGUUGCAUAAGAUUAUUAAUGCGGAAUUGUUACAAAAUCUGCAACAACUACUUAUGAUUACCCCACCGGUCAAUAGUAUCGGCAAUUUCAUUACCGUACUACGAAUGCUUUCUGUGAUAUCUAAUCGUUGUCCCGAUUUGGCACAGCUGCUCCUACAACAGAAUAUCGCCUUCACUCUCAGUUACCUUCUGACCGGUUCUUUGGAGGUUAAAACUGAGGAUGUUGAGUUAGUGCCACGAUCACCGCAGGAGUGGUUCGAGAUUACUUGUCUGAUCGAAGAGCUUAUGCCUCCUUUGCCAACGGACGGUAUAUUCAGUGUAAAUAGUUUACUAGAGAGGACAGGCAAUCAACAGGAAACGGUGCAUUGGGAAUGGCGCGAUGAGAGACAUUGUUGCCAUCCUUUCAACACAAUUGAUUCCAGGAUUAUAGAGAUGGCUUUCCAAAAUGGAGAGGAUGAAAUAUGUUUGUCCACAUUGGGACGCACGUACACGAUAGAUCUGACUGUGAUGAAACAAAUCAAUGAAGACAUUGGAAUGGCGAGAAGUAUAUUUCGUAGAGUGAAUGCCAACCCGGCUGAAGGAAAAAGUCCAACGUGUUCGUCUAGCAUGGAUGUCGUGCCUCCAGUCAUAGAAACUAACGAAUGGUUGGUAUCGUUUAUUCGAACGCUAUUUUCGGUGCUGUACGAAGUUUACAGCAGCUCCGCUGGUCCUGCUGUAAAGUGUAAAUGCCUUCGUGCGCUACUGCGUAUGGUCUAUUAUGCUUCUACCGAUCUAUUAAAAGAUGUACUAAAGAAUCAAGUAGUAUCAUCCCAUAUAGCAGGAAUGUUGGCAUCUCAGGAUUUACGGAUAGUAAUAGGGGCUUUGCAAAUGGCAAGUAUUCUGAUGAAACGAUUACCACAUGUAUUCGGAGUACACUUUCAUCGAGAGGGAGUGCUGCACCAAAUUCGGCAACUGGCUGAUCCUGAUAUACCUCUUGGCGUAUCACCACCUAAGUGUCCUUCCGGUACAUCAUUGCCAAGUCCACAACCUGGCCCAUCAAACACACCGCUCUCUUCCACCAUGACGUUAUCUUCGAGCUGUGCCACAUCUCCCGUAGCAUCUCCAACGACAAAUGGUAACAUUUUGUUUGGCGCAAUCGCUACGAGUCAGUUAAAACCGAGCCUAGCUGCUACUAUGGAGACCCGUAGUAGAACUGACUUGAAUGUCAGUGUUGACGAUACAAGCACGCCACAGAGUGCUCACUUAAGAAUUGGGGAUGUUCUGAAGAGGAAACGCCAAAAUAAAAAAGGCCGAUUUCCAAGGUUGGGUGGAACUACGCCACAACAACCUCAACAACCCGAUUCCUUGUUCACUGGUUUUACUCCUAAGAACAAUAGAUUUUUGGGGAAUCUCAAUCCUGCUAGGUGGGGAAGAAAAUCCUCGACUUCUAGUGCCACGAGUGAUAAACGCGAUUCCAGCUCCUCCACGAAUCUAGCGAAACCGCCCAGUAAUCCAAGUCUAACAGGAGGAAAUCGGGACAAAGCGAAAGCUUGGGUUCGUGAACAGGCAUCGCAGUUUCUGUCCAGAUAUCAGGACGACUCACCAUGUACACAUCCUGCACUCACUGUCCUUGCACGGCUCACGUCUGCAAUACAACGUCUACAGUCCAACGAAUUAGACGAAAUGCUAUCGGCUCUUACGGAAUUACGUGAUAUAGUUUUGGAAAGUGAUAUUUCACCAUUUGAAAUGAAUUAUAGCGGUCUGAUUAAGGCUUUACUUAACUUCCUCACUACUACCGACGCUCCUGGUAAUCGUUAUGAUCGACUUCGUAUGUUUUGGAAACUGUUUGCGGAGUCUACGAUACAGCAAGAUAAUAACACGGUAGUAGACUUAAACCCUGGAGCGUUUGGAGCUUUGGUUGCCAAGUUAAACAGCUGUGUUGCACAGCUUGAACAAUUUCCAGUCAAAGUGCAUGACUUGCCAGCAGGUUCUGGUGCUGGUCGAGGUGGCACGAGUGCACUCAAAUUUUUCAAUACCCACCAAUUAAAGUGCAAUCUUCAACGGCAUCCAGACUGCAACAAUCUCAAGCAGUGGAAAGGAGGUACCGUUAAAAUAGAUCCUUUAGCUUUGGUUCAAGCUAUAGAAAGAUACUUGAUGGUUCGAGGGUAUGGUAGAAUCAGAGAUGCUGAGUCCAUGGUCAGUGAUGAUGACAAUAGCGAAGAUGAUAUAGAUGAUACAUUGGCAGCGGUAGUGAUCAGCCAAGGAUCGGCGAAGCAUAAGCUCCAAUUUUUGAUCGGAGACGAAAUAUUACCGUUCAAUAUGACCGUCUAUCAGGCAGUAAGACAGUUCGGCUGCUCUGGGGUUGACCAUUCCGAGGCCGAGGCAGAUAGUGAACCUCCUCUUGGGCACGAUGCUGUCUGGGUUCAAACGCAUACAAUAUAUUACAGGCCUGUGCCCGAAGAAGAAAUCGCUACAUCCCCCAAACCUGGCUCGAGUUCUCAAAGUAGCAGCAGAAAAGGCAAAGGAAAGAGUACGAAAAUUAGUUCAAAAAGGAAAGAAGACAGUCUUUGGUUGGAAGGGACAAUUCCGCCGCCGCGUUGUCCACUAGCUUCGUACUUGGCACCUGUUUUGCCUCCUGUAGUUACGAUCACUGAUGCCUCCGUCGACGGCCUGUGCCUACUACGUCUUCUGCAUGCUUUGAACCGACAUUGGGGUGUUUUGUUUCCGCAUAUAAAGAGUAUCAGUCUCUUAUCUCCUCAAGACUUUAUUAAUAAUAAGAUCGCUGCAAAGGCGAGUAGACAAUUACAGGAUCCUUUGGUUAUCAUGACCGGAAACCUUCCGCCAUGGUUACAACAAAUCGCCACUGUUUGCCCUUUUCUCUUUCCGUUCGAAACUAGACAAUUAUUACUGUAUGCAACAUCCUUCGAUCGAGAUAGGGCAUUGCAGCGACUUUUAGAUUCCGCCCCUGAGCUUUCUGGGUCUGAUAGUCAAGAACGCGUUACGCCUCGACUUGAGAGGAGGAAACGAACAAUAUCACGAACGGAUAUUCUGAAACAGGCCGAACAGGUUAUACAGGAUUUGGCGUCCAGUAAAGCGUUGCUUGAGGUGCAAUACGUCAACGAGGUCGGUACUGGUCUCGGCCCCACGUUAGAGUUCUACGCUCUAGUUUCUCGUGAACUGCAGCGAGCGGAUUUAGAACUUUGGCAUGGUAGUUCAACACCGAGCGAAUCGGGUUACGUGCAUUCUCCACACGGUCUAUUUGUCACUCCAAUCCCUUGGAAUACCAAAGUAUCGCACUUGGCUAAACUGAAGACGAAGUUCAAGUUCCUUGGGAAAUUUAUGGCAAAGGCAAUUUAUGACUCUAGAAUGCUGGAUCUACCAUUCAGUUUGACCUUCUAUCGAUGGUUGUUGGCCGAGGAGCAUACAUUGACCCUUGCGGAUUUGGCUUAUGUCUGUCCCGAUGUCCAUCGUACACUCACUAAACUUCAAGAUGUCGUAAGACGGAAGGAAGCCAUCGAAAGAGAUCAAACUCUUAGGUCUAACGAACGCAUUCAACUAAUCGAGUCACUGGACUUGGAUGGCUGUUUAAUUAGCGAUCUCGGUCUCGUCUUUGAAUUACCUGGGUACGAGAACGUCGAGUUACGGAAAAAUGGUGGCGAGAUACCAGUCACGAUACAUAAUCUGGACCAAUAUAUCAAGCUGGUGGUUCAUUGGUUCUUGUACGAAGGAGUAUUCAGGCAAAUGGAAGCAUUUCGAGAAGGCUUCGAGUCCGUUUUUCCCCCAGCACAGUUAAGACUGUUCUUCCCGGAGGAGUUGGAAGCGGUAUUCUGUGGCCAUGCUCAAACAGGUGGCCAAUGGGACGUUAAAACUCUGCUCGAAUGUUGCCGAACGGAUCACGGCUACACGCCGGACUCUCGGGCGAUUCGUUUCUUGUUUGAAGUAAUGGCUGAAUAUAAUAGCGAAGAACAAAGGCAGUUUAUCCAGUUCGUCACGGGAUCUCCACGACUGCCUGUUGGAGGAUUUAAGAGUUUAACGCCACCCUUAACGAUAGUCCGCAAAACCUUCGAUCCAUCCAUGAAGACGGACGACUUUUUACCAUCUGUCAUGACCUGUGUCAACUACUUGAAACUGCCCGAUUAUACUACUUUGGAAAUAAUGCGAGAGAAGCUCCGAAUAGCUGCCCAGGAAGGCCAACAUUCGUUUCAUCUUUCCUAGAGAUGGAAGGAAGUGUCAACGUGUUUCAUCUCGAUCAUUUUCCUGCUCUUUGAAUCGAGGAUGGGGACACGGCGCCUGUCGAAGAGUUCGAGGAAAGAGAACGCUAUACGAAGCAUUCGGCAACGAGAAGUUUUACACUUUGUAUGGCUCUCUUCGAACAGAUUUUUUUUCUUCAUUUACCCAAGGAUUUCAUUGAAAUAAAUUCCAGUUUGGUGUUUAUUUUUUUACGUGUACCAAUUUGGAUUGUGAUAUAUAUUUUAUCAGACAAAGUGCAAAGAUCGCAUUUGUGUCCUUGACCGCAGUGAGGAAGGGGGGAGAGCAGGGGCGGAGGAGAAACUCGACCGUUGCGGUUGGCCGUGAGUCGGGUGAAUUUGAAGGUGGCCUGGCUCCAGGGAUUUCGUCUUCGGUGUGUUACGAUAAUAAAAACAAACCUGUAAAUAUAUAUAAUUAUCUCGACAUAGUUUGAUAUACACAAGUCUAUACAUAAAUACUUUAUAUAAUAGUAACAAUAGCGAUACCGCAACAGAAAAACACCGAUACUAACUAAAUUAUAGAUCGAGAGGACGUUGAAUAGAUGUAAGGAAAGUUUUAUAUCAUCAGCGCAUCGCACGCUGCCUCGCGUCGCCACUCACCAUCUCGUAAUGCAAAAUGCGUAUACGAGACAAAAUCAUUAGUCAUUCGUGGGGAUACACGUGGGUCACAUCGAAGUAGAGCGUAUGUUCGAGGUGGACCGAUACGUCUGAUAAGAACCCAGCAAGCACCCGUAAUAUCAUGCCGUACCUCCGAUUCACGUCUCAUCUUUUGUAAUCGAUCUCCUGCGUUCGCUGCUUUGCUCUCGCGGCAACGUUCCGAGCACUCGUGCGAACCUUCGUGCAAAACACUUCUACGUUUAAUUUUCGGUCAAUGUAUCAUCAAUAAUUAUUUCAUAUUUCUAUCGUAGAUAAGAUAGUUGAAUUAUUAAUUAGUUAUGUAAGGAUGCUGCCAGCAUCGCCAGACCGUGUCACCGUUAUGCAGAGAACCCAGCCGAAACCUUCGAUACAAAGAAAACAUCGUGUUUCUGUCGUUAUCAAACGUCGUGUUUCCGCCUCAUUGAUAUUCAUCAUAGUUCGUACGAAUCAGUGUAACGGUCGGACAAAAGGAGGCUUUCUUCACUUUUGUCACAUUUUGCGAUUUUCCACACUUUGACAACCUCUGUUAUUUACAUACGCGAGCUUAAUUGUUGAAACGAUAGCCGAAUUAGUAGAUUCGAAUUUAAGUUGCGUAACGUGUAAAGAAGUUACUUGCCAAACUUAUAGCUGUAUACAAUUUAGUUAAUAUGUUACAAUGUAAUGAUACUUUAAAGAUAUAGCUUAUCGAAUUAUAACACCGUGGACGAUACAUCGUCUGGUCUGGCGGUGUACGAUGAUGUUUGUUACAUUUGGCAAUGGUUCAAACGUGUUAUUAUAUAGCCUUUGAAAAACGGAACACUUCGUUAUUUUAUUAUGUCAUGAAUCGCUUCACGACGGAAUCACGGCUGGUAAUGCGUAUGACGAAAUUGGAAAGUAUCAAUGUGAAAAAAAAAAAUAUGUGCAAGAAGUCAAGUCUUAGAUACUCGUCCCAUUAAGGGUGUAACGAUUCAGGAUACGAUCCAGAAUUACAACAUAUUAACAUUAUAAACGAAAGUUAUAUUUAUAUCGAUUCCCUAGUAUAAAUGAAUUUCACUUUGAUUGGAAAUUUUUGUUUCUUUGGAUUCCUUCAAUAAAAGGCGACGUAACUGAUA